AUGUGUUUCGGCGCAACGUGUCCAACCUGCUCAGGAAAAUCCUGGCGGGGAUGCGGUUCGCAUAUCCCGUCGGCUCUUGCGGGGAUCCCGGAGAAGCAAUGGUGCACUUGUCAGCCGCAAGUCACGGUCGACGGAAAACCCUACCCUCCGUCAGCGAAGAUGGCGAUUCCCGGCUUGUCUUGGCUUGGUAGUAUAUUCGGAAGCGGAAGCGGAGGUGGGCAGAGUACCGGCGGUACGGAUACAAAGGGCAAUGGGGAGCUUUGA